AGGUGCUGAAGAGCCAGUAAAACACCGGGGAGGAGCUAUGGGGGUGGGGCAACCCCAGCCGUCCUGCUGAAUGGCUCCUCUGGGGGUUAAUUUGUGCGGGGAGGGGAAGACUCACAAAGCCUCUUUCCUAUCAGUUGUGUUGGCAACAAAAUAGCAAGCAGGUCCGGCGAUAGCCUAAGGGAGUUGUUUCUGUGUUGCUGUCAAGGAUAAAAGUCAUACUACUGCUGCCAGCUAAGGGAGAAGCUCCUCUUGGCCCUGUGGUAGCCUUCCCUGCUUUUUGCUCUGGUGCUGCGGGUUUCUGCGUCAGCUGGCUGCAGCCUUCGCCUGUCUGCAAGAUGAUGAUGACUGAGGUUUAUGGAGUGGCAAAGUGAGAGCAGCGCUGCUGGAGAAACUGCGAGCACAGAGAUUGGGCGAGUAGCCACUGCACACGUUACAGCCGGGGGCGUGCCGGGGCUGGCACCCAGAUCCCGCUCUGCCAGCGCAGUGGGCCGGGUCCUCGCCUGCCAACUGCCAAAACCGGAGCAGCUCCUCUCAGUUCCGGGGCCAGCCGGGAAGUGGGCGGACCUGUCACCCAAGGGGUAAGGUGAGGAAGGGGCAGGGAGGGACAGCAGAAUGAGUCCCGCAAGGACUGAGACUCCAGGAAGGGGGUGGGUGCAGGGGCUCCUGGGCCAUGGGGGAUAAGGCUGCUGGUGGGAGAGGUGGGGCACCUGAUAGGAGAAGAGGAGGGUCAGAUGAGGUGGGGAUGGGGCAAAUCUAUGCCCCACUUUAAAUGGUGCUCUGCAGCACCCCCCCACCCUUCUCCAUUGUGAGACAAUUUAGGGCGUGGUGAGCAUGGCUGCUGUGAUUGGGUGUCUGAUGGUGGGAGAAGAAGGAAGCUGAUUCAGCAAGGAAAAGGUCUACAUGUACAACACGCUGUGUGUGUGUGUGUGUGUGUGUGUGUGUGUGUGCGCACGGAGUAGGGAGUGUUUGGGGAGGAGAGUACAAGGUGCGAAACCACACACAAGAAAGGUGGCCGAUGGUGCUACUUCAAAAUCUCCUUUCAAUGCAAUGCGAGCUGGGCUCUGGCCCAGGCUGAUGAGGGACAUGCCAGGAGCUGCGUUGACCAAACCACCCUCCCAAGAGGCAUUGGCUGUGGUUGGCAUUUGCUGCAGCAAACCUUGAACAAAAUCGAGAUGAGCCUGGACUGUCGCUGAUCAGUCAGAAACGGGCGGGCAGAGCCAGUUUUGCUCUGUGUAGACUCACGAAUCCUCCUAUGCUGGCAAGGGUUGGUGACUGCGACAGGUGGCGUCCCCGUGGGAGAAGCAGCAGCAUCACCGGUCUUCUCAGCCGCAGGGAUGGGAGAAGGGAUGAAUUGCUGGCUUUCGCAGGCUCUGGAGCUGAUGUCCCAAAGCGACUGGAGCCCCAGAUAGGCCUCCUCUGGACCCGAGCUAUGUGAAGCUGAGCCUGCCUCAACCCACCAGGUGGGAGGAGGUGCUGACUUCUGCCCCUAGCGUUGCUGUGAUGUUCUGCAUGGCGCCCUGGUGGGCAGCACAGCAUCAGUCAUGACAUCCAGGGUGUGCAGGACGUUUUUCCCCAGGGGAAGAUGCUGUCCCGCCGGGGCUGCAAGCUUGAGGUCCUCGUCCUGACUGCGGUGGGGAUCCUCUGCCUCCUCUUCCUUCUCAACCCCAACAAGGGCGAGCGGGUGAUGAUGACUGCCACGACAGUCGGCAGUACCAGCCCCCCCGCCCCCCCGCCUGGCAUCCCCACAAUCCCGCGUCACGUCUCCGAGUGCAAGGAGAACGGGUCAGUGGCCAACAUCUCCGGCUUCGCCGGCCUGCCCAGCCACAUCCAGGACUUCCUGCGCUACAAGCACUGCAAGGAGUUCCCCCAACUGCUGGAUGCCCCUGACAAGUGCGGGGGGGCUGAGGGCUCCCAGGGGGUCUUCCUCCUCCUAGCCAUCAAGUCCUCCCCUGGGAACUAUGAGCGGCGGGAGAUCAUCCGCAAGACCUGGGGGGCAGAGAGGACGUACCAAGGGGUCCGCAUCCGCAGGGUCUUCCUCUCCGGGGAGGCGGGGGACACGCGGGAGGCUUGGAAGCUGAACCGGCUGCUGUGGCUGGAGGCGGUGGAGCACGGGGACGUCCUGCAGUGGGCGUUCCGCGACAGCUUCUUCAACCUGACCCUCAAGCAGGUGCUGUUCCAUGGCUGGCUGGAGGCCCGCUGCCCCGGCGCCCGCUUCCUCUUCAACGGGGACGACGACGUCUUCGCCAACACGGACAACGUGGUGCACUACCUGCUGGGCAUGCGGGACGCCAACGACGGCGACAAGCACCUCUACGUGGGGCAGCUCAUCGUCGACGUGGGGCCCAUCCGCGAGAAGUGGAGCAAGUACUACGUGCCUGAGCAGAUCACCGCCGCCAAGGCCUACCCGCCCUACUGCGGGGGCGGCGGGUUGCUCAUGUCCGGCUUCACCGCCCGCACCAUCUACAAGGAGUCGCUGGGCAUCGAGCUCUUCCCCAUAGACGACGUCUACCUGGGCAUGUGCCUGCAGAAAGCCGGGCUGGCCCCAGCCUCCCACAUGGGCAUCCGGACCGUGGGGGUCAGGGUGCCCUCCGCCAAGCUGGAGUCUUUUGAUCCCUGCUACUAUAAGGAGCUGCUGCUGGUGCACCGCUUCGUGCCCUACGAGAUGCUGGUGAUGUGGCAGGCCAUUCACGAGCCCAACCUGCCCUGUGGGAAGAAGCUGCAGGUCUACCAGAGCGUCUGAGCGGACCCCGGAAUCCGAGGGGAGGGGGCAACCGGGAGGGAUGUAAUGCGAGGUUGAAGGUGCUAGGGCAUCAGCGGGUGAUGCCACCUGUCUAGGUCUUCGCUGCUGUGCCCCGAAUGCUCCAGACCCGUCACCUCUUGCUCUUGAUGCCUAUUCCAGGAAGUCCCGGCUCCAGGGGACGGGACUUCCAGGAAUGAGCCUCAGCAGGACUUACGGCUGAUACUGUUGGCUGGUAUGCAUGGAGUGCACAGAGAUGCUGAACGGCUCACUGGCUUCUGGGUCCUGUCCCAACUGGUUUGGCCCAUUGGCCGUUCCUGGGAUGUCAGGGGCUUUUCCCCUCCCUUCCCCAUGGCUGCAAUAGGCAUUUUGAGCUGAUGCAGGGAUCCCUUUGCAGCGAUGCCCUUGGGGCAGCUACCUCCAAGAAAGCAAGUGCCAGAAGGCCGCCAGACCGGGGUCUCUGUGGCGUGGAGGGGAGAAUUUCUCCCUCCUUGACUAAUUGGCAUGUUGCCACCUGGGUGCCCAAAUCUUGGGGCAGGAUGUCACUGGCUUGGCCGAUGUCCGGAUCUCGGCCCAGACGCUGAGUCUCUGGGGCCAAAGGUCCAAACGCUGCAGGAAAUGGGUAGGGUCUCUGGUGUGAUGAGCUUGGCUUGGGCCCCAGCCCCUGUUUUACUGGGGGCGCUAAGAGCAGGAGAUAGGCAUCGUACGCAUUCCCCGCCCCAGAGCUCUGGGGCCAGAUCUGCCCCGGUGUAACCAGCUGUGGUCCCAUAAAGUCAAUGGAGUCGUGCCUAGCUCUGGGGCUAUGAUGCAGAAGCAGAGAGUACUAGGGGGAUGAGUCUUGUGUUCUCAGCUGGGCCCACAGGGGAUCUCUGGCCUCCGCUCUGGCCAGUCCCUUGCUGCUAACGGUUUGGUUGUUGGAUAUAUUGACUGGCAGGGCUGGUGCUUCCAACCGCUCAAAACAACCGAGAGAAGCAGUGUCUGCUCCCUGCUCCUUGUGAGUCAGUUUGCCCUAUGAACUAGGCUGGCAAGGGGUGAAGGAGGAGAUGAACCAGAUUGAAGGAUUGUGGCGUUGGCCCUCUGGGUAGCUCCGGGGAAGCUGUAGAAAACCUCAGGAGGGCGUGUGUGGCUGCCUCUCCUCUCUCCCAGCACCUGUCUGUGCAGAUGUUCCAGUGAGAACUUGUUGCAGGACAAAUAUUGGCCUGGCCUGGGGGCUUGGCCCUGCCGGUGAGAUGGCGUCCCCACACUGAGACGCGCCAGGAGACCGGCCGCGCCCAGCAGGCUUCAGGCUACGCCAUCUCGCCCCGAGUCAGCGCGGGAGACUCCGGGUAUAAAACUGCAUCUCUGCUGGCAGGGGAGGGAGCAAACGGGGGCCUCUCUGGCUCAGCUGUGUCCUGACUGUACUAAUAGCCCCCCGAUACCGCCCCCCACUCCUCCCAGGGGCACAGUCCUGCAUGGCACCAAGGGGUGAUUUUCCAAAGAGCUGCCCUGUCCCUGAAGAUCAGGCCUGAGGCACAUUCCCGAGCCCCUUGCAGAACACGCCUGAUACUUACUAACUGCCCUGGGCCCUUUGAAUUCAGGCCUGUGGCUUGGCAUGGCCAGACAGGCACGGGGGCUUGGCAGAAGCCCGACAUACAGCCCUGCCCCGCUCUGCCCAAGCGGAGGGCAAACCUGAGAUCUGAAUUGCUGGUAAACUUGACCCACCGGCAAUGUCUGUUGCUCAAUCAAGACAGGUACAAGUGUGCACCACAGAGCCCUGCGUCUCUCAAACUGCCUGCUGUCCUCUGAGCUCGGGACAAACGGCUGCUGAGGCUUUAUCAGCUCAUUGUGCUUGAGGAGAUGAAAAGCCCAAAGUUUCCUAGGACACUGGCCUUUGUUUUUGUUUUAUGUUUAAAACUAGCUCUUCAGCUGUUCCUCUCCCCAGCUCCCCCUUGCGUUAAAACGCACCCUCCCUUCUGAACCUGGCACAUCUGUGGUUCAGUUUCCUGUGUAGCCUUGCUCUGGAGUCAGGAACUGCACAGGUUAAAUCUGCUGCUGAGAUAACACGUCCAUCCCCUCCCCGGCCUGCAAUACAAAAACCCAAAGAAAGCAGAAGUCACAGGAAACUGAAGAUCUGGUUCUAUUUUCAGCACAUGUUCUGGCAAGGGACCAUCUCUCCCCCCUGAUUGUGGCAGAAUUUUCUUGCUACCCCCUCCCAGGUGCUGUUCGUGGAAUCUCUCCGGACUCUGCAACCCCGAGGUGGGAGGUGAAGCCACCAGCUCACCAACCUGGGGGUGCAAAGGGCUGACCCUCCCUGACGGCGGGGGCUAGGGUUUGCUAACUCUGAGGUGCGACACUGUGGCCUCAGGUCUGCAAAGCGUUGAGUCGUGGGCUUCCAGCUCCCUCCUGCUCCAGCCAAGUCUGAGCCGGCGCUGGCGCUGCCGGGCAAGCCGUAGUUCCUCACCAGCGGCUGGAGGAAGCUGGUUCAAUGAGCCGUGUCCUGGGCUGGCGCAGCACCUGGCUCGUUCUGUUCCCUUUGCCGUUUGGCCUUCAUACGCAUUGCGGGGGCUUGGCUGGCCCGUAGCGCAAAGCGUGUGGGUCCCUGCUCCUGUCCCCUCCCGACUGUGACUUCUGCCCCCGCCCGGUGGGGUCUUAACCCAGUGAAAAUUGAAGCUUCCCAGUGGGGUGGGUGGUUUUCUUUGCUCUCCCGUCCCUCCACUGAGAACUGACGCCAUGUCCUGAGAAUAAAUGAGUGGUUUUUAUAA